CAAAUCUCGCUCGGCACUCGCGUCGGCUGGUCGCGCGUUCGUACCCUGGUUGAACGAGAACCGCGGUCGCCGUAGAGCUGGCUGCCAUCAUCACCAGAGAAAGAAGAGAAGAGGUUCCCCAGGAGAGGUGUGUGUGUGGCGAAGAAGUGGCCAAUAAAGAAAAGAUAUCUUGUAAAUUUUCGCGAGGUAAAAAUAGCGAGCCAAAAUGAAUGAAAAAGGGGCAUUUGCUGGUGGAUUGUGAUCGGAAGUCGGAGAUGGGCGUCGGAUUAGCCACCGGAAGAGGGCUAUUGGUGCCGGAAGUGGCCUGAAAAGUUGGUGCAAGAGAAAAAAAAAACGGGGAGGCAAAGCGAAAAAAAGAGAGGGUGGCUUGUGGAAGAAUUUCUCCAGAGUGAGGUCGAUGAUGGCCAGCGAUGGUUCAUGGCGGUGUUGCCGAAGAGUAGCGGAUGCAUAACGCCACUUUUCAUCGUUCCGGGCGCUGCUAGAAGUGUGUCUGUGGCCAAUGGGCGUCCCGAUUUGCGGUGGCGGAGUACCCCGACAAUGGCAGCGUUCGUGCUGAGCAAAUCUGGUUUUGGUGGAUGCUGUGACACCGGAGAUCAGCGGCCGGGAAAAAACGCACAAGUGCUUUCAAUUGAGAAAAUAUGCUAAACAAGUGAUAAAUUGUAGUGCAGCAGCAAUCUAGAAGGAGCCGCAGCAGUAGCUGCAGCGCAGGAAGCUGUGCAAUCCGGGUGGAUAACGGGGAGUGAGAGAAAGAUAUUCAAGAAAGGGGCAGAGAUUGAGUGCAUGCAGCAGUAGAUUUAUUCACACACAGUCGCAGCAGCAGUGUUUGAGGGAUUACGGAGACAGGGAGGGCGAGGUGGGCAAGGAACGCGGUCAAGAGAUUACUUCCUUCAGCGCACAAUUCGCCGUCGUCGACAACAACAACAACAAUAACAACAAUUGCAGUUCAGCAUCCAGCUCAUGCCAGCUUAGUAGCAGUAAUGGACAGAUGAAUAUUCAUAUGUGGCACCGCCGUUCAACGCGACUGCAUCAUCAAAGCGGUUGAGAGUCGCGAGUUUGCGCAGUAGAUUCCACCCGGGUUAGGGCUGCGCGAGUCGGAAGCCAGCAUGUCCGGCGGCAAGGAUCGACGGUCGCGCUCCAGCAAGACCCAGGGCUGGGAGGAGGCCGGCGGGGAGUUCUACCAGGAGAGCUACCCGGCCGAUCUGGAGGGCAUGCAGCGAGAUCCGUCCAAGAUCGCGACGCUGCUGCCCUCGAAGCAAACCAGAAAUGCCACAACCCGACGGGUGCGGCCGUCCCAACAGGACACGAAGGGAACCCGCCGGCGGGCCAGUUUCUCAACGGUCGCCCGGCGUGGUUCGCAGUACCACGAGAUUCAGGUGGCCACGCUGCCCGAUUUGUCAGAAAACCUCAUCAACGAAGAGCGCACAUGGGAGGAAAUCCAGGAGAUCAAAUCGAUGCCUGUCCCGAUGGCGCAAAAGCGCGAAAUGAAGGCCCAACUGCAGAACGCCACCAAGCUGCGCUUGCAGGGCUUCGAACAGAUCAAGUGGCGCCGCCGGAAAGCGUGGCAAAGCAUCCGCUCCAAGUGGGGCGAGUACCGCACCAAGCUGGAGCUGUGGCGGAUGUCGCUGAAGACGAUCGAGGGCAACUUCGGGACCGGCGUGGUGGCGUACUUUCUAUUUCUGCGCUGGCUCAUGUUUCUGAACUUGAUCGUGUUCGGGUUGAUUUCGACGUUCAUCGUGCUGCCCCAUUUGGCACUGCGGGAACCGCGGGACGUUCCGUGCGAACUCGGGGUCAACUCGACGUCGGUGCAGUGCUGCUCGGAGUCGUACGUGAACGUGACGAAGGCGGCGACGUUUUCCGUGCUUGAUGUGAUACAGGGCACGGGGUUUAUGGAGGGAACGUUGCUGUUCUACGGGAUGUACACCAACAUGAUCUACGGAUAUAGUCCGCUGGAGGAUCGGUUGAUCGGCAGGGCGAUGGUGGCGACGACGACCACGGAGAUUCCCACGACGAUGUCGUCUUCGACGACGACAAUGAGUUCUACGACGACGAUUAGCAGUAGUAGCAUUAGUAGCGUUAGCAUUAGCAGUAGUAGUAGUACAACUGAAGCCCUGACCACGACUACGACGGCGGCGACGACGCCGGCGGUGGUAGAGGCCGUGAUAGCAGAGAUUAAAAGUGGUGGUGGUAAUUUUAGUAGUCUCAACGGGAGCUUCUUCGAGAGCUUCGUGAUGGAACUGGAGCAAGCUAGUGAUGACCAAAGUGUGGGGAGUCGAACCGGUACCGUGCUGUACUACGACUUUCCGCUAGUUUACGUGAUAAUUACGGCCAUCUGCUACGUGAUCGCGUUGGUAGCGAUCAUGAAGGCCGUUGUGCGGCAGUUUAAGGAUCGCAUCGCCGAGGGCGAAGGUCUGUUCUACCAGUACUGCAAUCUGGUGUUUGGCGGGUGGGACUUUUGCAUUCACAACGAAAAGUCGGCCGACGUGAAGCACAAGGCGCUGUACCACGAGAUACGUUCGCUGCUUCAUACGAAGCGAUUUGAGAACGAACGCAGCAACAGGUCGCGAGAUUUCAUGGUAAAGCUGAUUGCGAUCCGAUUCGUGAUCAACUUUGUGGUGGUGAUCAUCCUGCUGCUCGCGGUCGUCAUCAUCUAUCUGUUGUUUAGCUUGUCGAUGUCCGCAUUGGAGCCAAACUACAUCCCCAGCUACGGCGAGUACAUAAAGCAAGCCCACAACUGGACGUCCUGGCCUUUUUCUUCCUCCUCUUCCACCACUUCUACCACUUCAAGUCCAUCGGUCGCGGCGAGUUCAGAGGACACCUUCUCCGCACGAUCUGCCCCUGACACGAUCGACACAAUCACCCUGGAAACCCGACUCAUGAUCCUCUUCUACGAGUUCCUCCCCUACCUCGCGAUCGUCAUCAUGAAUCUCGUCGUUCCACUGCUCUUCAACUACCUCGUUCAGUUCGAAAAAUACUCACCCCUCUUCGUCAUCAAAAUCUCCCUCUUCCGCACCGUCUUCCUGCGGCUUUCCUCGCUGGCCGUCCUCUUAAGCCGGUUCUACUUCCUAGUUCAGCCCAAAUCCCACCACGAGCACCAACCCACCAAUGGAACCGAACCCUUCAACGCCACCGAACCAAUCACCACGACAGAUCAGUGCUACGACGCCGGCACCGGCAAGCCCCAGUGCUGGGAAACGUUCGUCGGGCAGCAGUUCUACAAGCUGUUCAUCGUGGACUUUGCCACCCACUUCCUGGUGACGUUCUUCGUCAACUUCCCCCGAGCCAUGUUCGCCCGGCAUUCGUCCAGCCGCGUCGCCAAGUUCAUCGGCGAGCAAGAGUUCGAGCUGUCCAAGCACGUGCUCGACGUGAUCUACUCGCAAACGCUGUGCUGGCUGGGAACGUUCUACACCCCAUUCCUCCCCGCUAUCGCCGCCAUCCUGUUCUUCUUCAUGUUCUACAUCAAGAAGUUUGCCUGUCUAGUCAACUCGAACCCCUCCGCGAUCCUCUACCGAGCCUCUCGCUCCAACUCCCUCUUCAUGUCCACCCUCCUGAUCUCCUUCACGCUGGCCAUCAUCCCGGUGGUGUACGCGUGGGCCGAAAUCAUUCCAUCCCGCUCGUGUGGCCCCUUCCGGGGACUUCCCUUCGUGUGGGACCGUGCCAUCACCGCCUUCAUGAAGACCCCGGCCUUCUUCCAAACCGUCAUCUUCUUCUUCGGCACGGCCUCCUUCGCCGUCCCGUGCUUCGUAAUCCUCACCUUCUUCAUCUACUACUACUACGCCGUAUCGGCGGCCAACCGGCACAUGGUUUCCGUCCUCAAGCACCAGCUCGUCCUCGAAGGCCACGACAAACAAUUCCUCCUCAGCCGGCUCUCGCUCUUCAUCAAACAGCAGCAAGAGUACCAGAAGCGCAUGAUGCGGCAAGCUGCCGAGCAGCAACAGCACUUCCAGCAGGGCAACAACAUUGGCCACGAUCUGCCCCCGCCGCCGCAGCACUUGAACACUCCGCCGGUGGCGCCACCCAAGCCGCCCAAACCGGAACCGGAGCUGCAGCCGCCGUUGCCGCCGAGGGCCGAUCGGGACUCGAAACCGAGCAGUCGCGAUCGUGAUAGGAAGGAGGGUGGAGGAGGGGAGGGGAAAUAGAAUCGAGAGGGGUUG